AUGAACAGUUUAUUUGUAGGGACAACUCGGAAUAGAACUAAUCAGAAAAUCCUGGUGAUGAGGGACUCGUUAGCUGCCAAUCAGGCAAAAAGACUUUCAACCCACUUCCUAGAGGGAUGCCACGUUCCUUGCUACGGUCCCCUGGUGGAGCCAGGUCUGUCCCGCCCACGGUGGCGAGGAAGUGUCAGGCAGGCGAUGCGGUGGCCGGGCACGCUCGGGUCCUGCCGGAAUGUCCGCUCUGCACCGGCUCUGCCCGCUCCAGCCUCGCCCGUCGGUGGAUGCCGGGUCUGGGCUGAGCCAAGCGCGGGCGGGGCGCUGACGAAAGCCGGUGACAAAGACGUGCGCCACCGGGAGGCCCGAGACUCGCGGGCGGCCCCCGGACCGGCUGGGCGACCUCUACCUUCGGGUGGAGGCGCUCGGUCCCCUCCGUGGUCCCCGCCGUCCUCGCCCGGCGGGCCUGAGCCGGCUUCUCCGCGGAGCCGCUGGGGGCCUCCCUUUCCACGGCCAGGCCCGGCGGCCCCGAGGCCGGAGACGCGCAGGGAGGCCAGACGGGGGCGCUGCGGGCGCCGGACGCCGCCUCCGCCUCGCGGCCGGGUGGGUCUGAGCUCCCCGUCCUGGAAGCCGCAGGCCGGGCGCCGAGUCACAGGGGCGGGAGGACAGACGGCUCCAAGGAAGGGAACGCGGAGGCCGCCCCGCCGCGCCCUCCCGCCGCCCUCCGUGCAGCCGAGAUGGGGGCGCCGUCCUGGCUGCUGUGCGGGGCGUCCCUCGCUCUUCCCCUCUGGGUCGGAGCAGGUACGUGGGUGCGUCCGCGGGCCUCCCCGCCCCGCUCUGCCAGCCCCGUGCGACGUCCCGCGGGCCGCCGGACACCCGCGCGUCGCUGACGACUCCGCCGGGAUGGCCCGAGGGAAGCUCGCGGGACGGGGAACAGCAAGUGUCGGGAAUACAGACGGCUGUUACAGAAUACAUGUAACUGUUUUAAAAGAAUACUGGUGUGACAUUUCAAGAAGCAGUCUAUCAGAUUUAUCAGACGUGUAUGAACAAAUAUUACAUGUUGGACAAGAUGGCUUUCUUAUGUGCCAUCUGAACUUCCCGAAGAGUUGUGUUUUGGAUUCAGUAAAGUGGUAUAAGGACUGUAAAGAGAUUGAAGGGGAGCGGUUUACUUCUCGGGAAAAAAAGCUUUUGGUGCAGAAUGUGUCAGCCGAGGACGGAGGCAACUAUGCAUGUCGAGCCAGACUGACGCACAUGGGGAAACAGUACGUGGUUUUAAACGGCAUCACUGUGAACAUCACAAAAAGAUCUGGAGAUGGAAGGAGAAUCCCUACAAUCACUUAUCCAAAAGAUAAAUCAACUGAAGUACCACUUGGCUCCACCCUUGUCAUGGACUGCAACAUAACGGACACAAGGGACAACACAAAUCGACAGUGCUGGACAGUCAAUGACACUUUGGCGGAUACUUACUACAAUGAAUCCAAACGAAUCAGAGAGGGAUUGGAAAGCUGUGCUGCUUUUCAGGAACACACUUCGUGCACAGUAAACAUAACCUUCUUAGAAGUAAGAAUGGAGGAUUACGGCCUUCCUUUCACGUGCUGUGCUGGAGUGUCUGCAGCAUACAUCAUGUUAGAACUCCCAGCUCCAGAUUUUCGAGCUUACUUGGUAGGAGGGCUUGGUGCCUUGGCACUUGUGGCUGUGUCUGCUGUGUGCGUCUACAACAUUUUCAAGAUCGACAUUGUUCUUUGGUACCGCAGUGCCUUCCGUUCUACUGGGACCAUAGAAGAUGGGAAGCUGUAUGAUGCAUACAUCUUUUACCCAAAGCCUCAAAGUGAAAGCCAGAGUCACGAUGUGGACACGCUGGUGUUGAAGAUCCUGCCCGAGGUGCUGGAGCAGCAGUGCAGAUAUAAGUUAUUCAUAUUUGGCAGGGAUGAGUUCCCCGGACAAGUUGUGCAGGCUGUGACCAGAGCCUGCAGGCUCCCUUCUCCACGCAGCUCAUUCCUGCACCACCGUGACUGGCAUUCGCGGGGGCAGUCGUCUGUGGCCAAUGUCAUCGAUGAAAACACUAAGCUGUGCAGGAGGCUGAUGGUCAUCAUAGACCCCGCAUGGGGGGUGAGCUUUGGCCUAUUGAAGAACAUGCCAGAAGAACAAAUCGCAGUCUACAACGCCCUCAUCCAGGACGGGAUGAAAGUCAUUCUGAUUGAACUGGGGAAAACUGAAGACUAUAUGACCAUGCCAGAGUCAAUCCAGUACAUCAGACAGAAGCACGGGGCCAUCCAGUGGAGUGGGGACUUCACAGAGCAGUCACAGUGCAUAAAGACCAGGUUUUGGAAAAAAGUGAGAUACCACAUGCCACCCCAAAGGUAUCCACCCUCUGCAGUCCAGCUGCAGAAGCGCGCACCCUCCAACUGCACAGCAGGCAGGCAGGAGGCUGGCUAG